AUGAAACGUCUACCGUCUUUGAACUUGUUAUCUUGCCGGUGUAAAUCAAAUGAACGUGCUUCUAGAACACAAUGUGAUUAUUGUGAAUUGAAACGAUGUAUCGAAAAUGGCGUGCCCAAAGAGACGAUUUUAAUUAAAAUCGAGGAACGUUUAACCGAACAUGAGAUGAAUCGAAAACGAGCGAGACAAGAUCGACGAGAAAAGACAACUAAUACACAAGAAACAUUAGCGGUAACAACACAAUGUGAUUAUUGUGAAUUGAAACGAUGUAUCGAAAAUGGCGUGCCCAAAGAGACGAUUUUAAUUAAAAUCGAGGAACGUUUAACCGAACAUGAGAUGAAUCAAAAACGAGCGAGACAAGAUCGACGAGAAAAGACAACUAAUACACAAGAAACAUUAGCGAUUUAUCCGUUGAAUUUAUUGAAUAGCGAUAUAUCAGAUUUGAACGAUAUUGGUUGGAUGUAUUUGACAAAUGUCACUAAUACAUAUGAUCACUAUUGUUUUGAAUGGAUAUCCAGACGAUUAGAUAUUCAAGAAGUCGAGGAUACUGAGCAUCCAUUAUCAAUGAUGCCAUAUAAAUCACGAUAUAAAUUGCAGCCAUAUCUUAAAUUCCAUUCAGAUAAUUUAUUAUCGUUAUUAUCGUUUUUUGAACAUAUACCAGAAUUUCGAUCUCUAUCGAAUGAAGCAAAAAAGACAUUAGUGCAACGAAAUCUUAGAAAUUUACUUCGUUUGAACACAACUGAACCAAUUCGUUCUGGAUAUUUUGUUCCACCGGCUAGUGGUACGGCUCAUGCAUUGUGGGAAUACAUAUUUGGUGAACAUAUGUUGAACGAUUUUGGGAACCUUAUGAUCAGAUACCGUGGGCUUCUGAAAGAACCAAUAUUCACUAAAAUGUUAUUAGUUAUUAUGGUAUUUUCGAGCCAUUUUUCAGUAACAAGACCGAACGAUGUGUUUCAUGUAUAUGCCUGCGAAAUAUCGUCAUAUGACAUAUUUCAAUUACAAAGUUUUUAUACAACUCUCUUGUGGAAAUAUUUGAUCUAUCGUCUCGGUGAAGUGGAAACUAUACAAGUUUAUACACACAUAAUUGGCCUUUGUUUAAAAUGUGUGGAUAUGGGCGAACAAGUUGAGAAAAAUUUUAUUGAUCGAGAAGAAUUAAAUGAAAUUGUUAAACUAACACAAACCAUAUUACUUGUAUAA